AUAAUCAAAAGGAAAAAAAAAAGAUAAUUGAAAAGAGAUCAGAAGCUGAAGAAGAAAGAAUUGAAGAAAGAGAAACAAAGAAACAAGAGAAGACGAUACAAGAAAAGAAAUCGAAAAAACAAGAGAAUCGAAAAAAAAAAUCGAAAAAGAAAGAGAAUUGA